GGGUGCAGCAAAGUGACAAUUGUUCUUUGGUCUUUCUAGGGUCAGACAGCCUGGCCUCUCCUUGCUCUGUUUCAAAGAGAAGAAACAUGGAUAAACGCUUUUUUUUCCUUAGUAUUCUGCCUAGUGAAAGGUGUUUCUCUCAGUUGUUGGAGCUCUUUCCAGGAUGGAGCUGCAGAUUGAAGGAGACUUAAAAGACUCCAGACAUGCUGCACUGCAGUCCCUGGGUAUCGUUCUCUCUCCCACCUGGGGGAAGGAGAAUUUAGAAGAAUUCCUGAUUUGCCAUCACGGGGGAAAUACACUGUGUGCAAAGACUGUGUCUCUUUACGAAGUUUAAAUCCCCUCGUCUCAUCAGUGACAGAGAAUUGCUUCUCUGUGGCUGAGCCAAAAAGGGUCUGAGCAAACUUGGAGCCAUUGUCUCCAUGUACUUUAUUCCAGGACUAUAAUGCAGCACAUUUUUCCUGCCUGGAUAAAUGGUUGUUUUCAGACUUUGUGACAGAAGAAGAAAUGGAGGAGACAGAGCAAUUUCAGGUUAAUGCCUGAAAAAUGUCUCUGACAACACUGAGAGCUGGGACACAAGAGUCUGGAAGAUGCACAGUGGGGCUCCCAAGCCUGCCUGCCGCUGCUGUCCCUGCCAGAGGGACUGGCUGGAGACCUCAUCUCUCCCUGCUUUGCAGGGGUUCACGCUGCAUGCUGUUCAAGGGUCCUGUGUUGCCCAGCUGGGCUUCUCCAAAGGAGUCAUCCAGCCCGGUUGCUCUUUCCUUCUAACUCAGGCAGAAUUUGAACCAAAGCUCAUGUUUGAGGCGAUGCCCAGAGCUACUGGGGAAGGUCAGACCAGAUCCACACCUGAAAACCACUGCUCCAUCAUGCACCUCCACUGUGAUCUCCCCAAAGCAGAUGCUUCUCUGUGACAUGCUGGAGGUGGUUCCUGGCACUAGGAUGGCUGCUCUGGGGUCAGCUCUGCACAGGUCUGCGGCGCUCUCCCACCCUUCUCCUUACCGUGUGCCCCGAUUUCCCUCAGACCCCUGCGCAGAGCCAUCUCUCUGGCACAGGACCGCAGGCGUCCUCCCUCCCUCCCUCCCUCGGCCACCAGAGAUCUGCUCCAGCCAGCCCCACCCUGGCAAAUGCAGCAAAGCCAGGAGGCAAACACACGCCUUGCAUAAGCCAGGCAUUUAAGGUCUUUACACGUGAGGGUGGAUUUUCCUCCCUCUCCUGGGAGCCUAAUAAGAAGCGUGUGCACUGUGAGACUUUCAAAGGCAGCAGACAGGACCAUGCUGAGAGUAACUUUAACACUGGCCUGAGUUCAAGUCAGUAACUGCGCUCAACAUUGCUUGACCCCACCAAAAAGGACAUCCAGGACUGAAAACAACGUGGUCAGAUGGAGGAAAAGUUUUGGAAGGAUCAUUGUGUGCUUCUCAACAAGGAUGAAGAAAAUGAGCUGGAGAUUUUUGGCUACAAAACUCAAGGCUGCCGAAAGGCCUUGUGCAUUGCUGGCUACAUCUUGUCCUGUGGGGCUCUGCUGCUGCUCUUUUACUGGAAGCCAGAGUGGGAUGUGUGGGCAAACUGCAUCCGCUGCAGCUUGGAAGAAGCGGACGUUGUUCUGCUUAGAACAACAGAUGAGUUUCAGAGGUACAGCCAGAAGAAAGUGACCUGGAUUGAUUUGUCCAUAUUGGCUCUACCUGUUGGUAGUAAUUCAGAUGGUCCUCUUGUAGCUGAUAAAGACUCUGUCAUAAACAGAGCUGUAAUGAAGCCACAGUUAAAGAUGAGAUGUAUCCAGGUGCAGAAAAUCCGUUAUAUUUGGGACUUUUCUGUAAAAGAAUUCAAGAAAGUUGGAUCAUUAGAAGACAGCAACACAUGUCACAGCAUACACCACAAGUUUGGAGCUGGCCUCACAAGGGAAGAACAGAAGAUCAGGCAGCUGGUGUGUGGGCCUAAUGCCAUCGAAGUUGAAAUUCGUCCUAUUUGGAAGUUACUUUUUAAAGAGAUUUUAAACCCCUUCUACGUGUUCCAAGCCUUCACCCUCACGCUGUGGCUGAGCCAAGGCUACACUGAGUAUUCGGUGGCCAUCAUAAUCCUGUCGAUCAUUUCUGUUGGCUUAACCGUGUAUGACCUCAGACAGCAGUCUACCAAGCUGCAUGACCUCGUUGAGGAGCAUAACAAAGUCCAGGUUACAGUCUGCACAAAGAGCGAAGGUUGUGAAGAGCUGGAGUCUUGUUACUUAGUCCCUGGAGACAUGUUUCUUUUAGACGGAAAAAAGCUCUCUCUCCCAUGUGAUGCUGUCCUGAUUGAUGGAACCUGCAUUGUGGAUGAAGGGAUGCUCACAGGUGAAAGCAUUCCGGUUACUAAAACCCCCUUGCCCCUCGUGGAGAGUCCGAUGCCCUGGAAAACCCACAGCAUGGAAGACUAUCGGAGACACGUCCUCUUUUGUGGGACAGAAGUCAUACAGGUGAAGCCGACGGGCAGAGGGCCAGCGAGAGCCGUCGUGCUGCAAACCGGGUUCAAUACAGCUAAAGGUGACCUGGUGAGAUCCAUCCUCUACCCCAAGCCGGUGAACUUCAAACUCUACAGAGAUGCCUUCAAGUUCAUUGUAGGCCUUUCCGUCAUUGGCAUGUUUGGGCUCAUCUACACCGUGUGUGUGUUCGUGUCCCACAAGAAGCCGGUGGCAGAUGUGGUGGCUAUGGCCCUCCUCCUCCUCACCGUGGCUGUGCCUCCCGCUAUCCCUGCUGCCUUGACAACAGGCACUGUUUAUGCCCAAAGGAGGCUGAAGAAAAAGAAGAUUUUCUGCAUCAGCCCACAGAGGAUUAAUAUCUGCGGGCAGAUCAACCUUGUUUGCUUUGACAAAACGGGCACGCUGACAGAAGAUGGACUGGACCUGUGGGGUGUCAUCCCUUCUGAGGGAAGGCGGUUUCAGAAAAUCCAUAAGUUCCCAUCCAGCACUCCUCUGCCCUGGGGGCCUGUGUGCGGAGCCAUGGCGAGCUGUCAUUCACUGGUUGUGUUGGACAAGAAGAUUCAAGGAGAUCCACUGGACUUGAAAAUGUUCGACGGCACACACUGGGAGGUAGAAGACUCCAGCACAGCUCAGGAUGGGGCUGGUGCUCUUGACACCUGUAUCGUUAGACCGGGGCCGAAGGCCAGCAAUGCUCCCGUGGAAGGAAUAGCAAUCUUACAUCAAUUCCCAUUUUCUUCUGGGCUGCAGAGGAUGUCUGUUGUUUCACAGAAGAUCGGAGAGGAACAGUACGACCUGUACAUGAAAGGAGCACCAGAAAUAGUGUCCAGCUUUUGUAGACAAGAUACUGUCCCAGCUAAUUUCUUGAAGGAGCUUAAGACGUACACAAGCCAAGGCUUCAGAGUCAUUGCCCUGGCCCAUAAAGUGCUAAACCUGGGAAAGGAUGUAGAUGUGAGCAACCUAAAGAGAGAGGAGGCAGAGUCUGGGCUGGUGUUCCUGGGCCUCCUGGUGAUGGAGAACCGCCUGAAGCAGGAGACGAAGCCUGUGCUGCGAGAGCUGGAUGCCGCCCACAUCAGGAAUGUCAUGGUCACAGGGGACAACUUACAGACAGCUGUCACGGUGGCCAGGAACGCGGGUAUGAUUCACACGGGCAGCAAAGUCAUCCUCAUCGAAGCAAACGAACCGGAGGGCUCCGCUCCAGCUUCCAUUGCCUGGCAAUUGGCAGAAGACUGCAAAGAAAACACAGCUGCUCUCUGUGAGGUAUGUGCUAAUACCGAGGAAAAGAUCACCUUGGAAGGAGAAAUCUGCAACUACCAUUUUGCAAUGAAUGGAAAGUCCUAUCAGGUUAUUAUAAAGCACUUCUACAGCUUGCUGCCAAAAAUACUGGUGAACGCGACUGUCUUUGCUAGGAUGUCUCCUGGCCAGAAAUCCAGCCUUAUUGAAGAGUUUCAGAAACUCGAUUACUACGUGGGUAUGUGUGGUGAUGGUGCCAAUGACUGUGGGGCUUUGAAAAUGGCCCAUGCAGGGAUAUCACUGUCAGAGCAGGAGGCAUCCGUGGCCUCGCCUUUCACCUCCCAAAUCCCCAACAUCCAGUGUGUGCCGGAGUUGAUCAGGGAAGGUCGAGCUGCUUUGGUUGCUUCCUUCGCUGUGGUUAAAUACCUGACCCUUUAUGGCCUGAUUCAGUUUGUUGGUACCGCUCUACUCUUUUGGCAACUGCAAAUCUUUGGGAUUCACCAGUAUUUGAUACAAGACGUCAUCAUUACCCUUCUGGUUUGCCUAACAAUGAGUUUGACUGAAGCCUAUCCAAAGCUGGCACCUUAUCGCCCUCCCGGCCAGCUCAUCUCUCCUCCUCUGCUGCUCUCCAUCACCCUCAACGUGUGCUUUACCAUAAUCAUGCAAACCUGUGGCUUCCUUCUGGUGAAGCAGCAGCCCUGGUAUGUAGUGCUAGCCGGCCAGAGAUAUGGCUCUCCAGGGAACCAGACCGUGUCCUCCACCAGCCCAGGGGAAAACAGUACCAGCAGUGGUGCCCAGAGCACUGUCCUCAGUUAUGAAGAUACUACGCUGUGGCCACUGUCUUCUAUCAACUGCAUCAUUGUGGCCUUCGUCUUUUCCAAGGGAAAGCCUUUCCGGAAGCCCAUCUACACCAACUAUUUAUUUUCAGUCCUCCUGGCCCUCCAGCUUGCAAUCUGCCUCUUCCUGUUCUUCGCUGACAUUGAUGCUGUGUACAGUGGCAUGCAGUUUCUUUACACUCCUAUGAUCUGGAGAGUUUACAUCUUGCUGAUGCUCUUGGUCACCUUUUGUGUAUCUUUUUUUACAGAGGACGUUAUCUUACAGAACAAGCACCUGUGGCUGCUGAUUAAAUCCUGUUUCGGGUACCAGUCGAACAGCCAGUACCGAAAAUGGCAGAGGAUCCUGCAGAGGGAUCCCAACUGGCCUCCUGUAAAUGCAGAAGACUUUGCAGCAAAAAGCACUGAUGAGAUUUACGUUAACCCCACAUACAAAUACAGCGACGAGGACUAAGCAAGACCCUGCAGCCAGGCACGGGGCUGCACAGAGCUGGCAGCUUCCCUGGCUUGCACUGAACAGCCCAUGUUUUCAUCAUUUGAUGUGCACCAGAUUCAGAUGUUUGAAAUCCCUGCACAAACCCAUCCCUUCAGGGGCAGGCUGGGCCCGUGCUGGCUGUGCCUUGGAGCACAGGCAAGGAUUAUUCUCUCUGCUGCUGGUAAAAUAACAGCCUUGACUCGACUCUAUGGCACCAGCAGGUCUUGGGCCUUGCCAACAUCUCCUACAAAGGCUCAGAAAUACUGAAUACAGCAAAGUGAUGGCUUCUGUUGCUCCAUAUCACACUCUUACUCCAUGUUUCAGUCACUGCUCCACCAAAUCCUGUCAAUGCACCCACCAGGCUUGAGGGGAAGGCAAUCCAAAAUAAGUGACCUAACCUUGACCACACAGAGCACAUGUACAAUUGCAAAAUCCUGUGUUUAAAUGCUGCAGCUUCCACGAACUACAAGAAAGUUCCCCAGAUGAAGUAAUUCCAGUUUUCUUGCAUCCCAGAGUGAAUUAUAGAUGUGAGAGGGUGCAUACGCUGUCCUCGCCCAGCUCUCCCUUGCCAGUUCUGGCAGAUGUAAUGCUCUGAGUACAGGAAAGGUUAAAGCUCACAGAUUGCUGUAAGACCAGGCUGGGAAGGCUGGCGAGGAUAAGCCCCACUUGAGCUUGCAAAGACAAGGGGACACUACAGCUGCUGCACACACACACGUGACUCCCCCCUGCCCCCAAUUCAUGCUUUGCCGCUGCCAGGUCCUGGCCCAGGUUUUGUGUCACAUGGCAGAAAGCAGAGCUAAGCCUUGGCUUCUUGCUUUAACUAGGUCAUGCCAAGAAGCAGGGGUUUUAAUGUGCUCUAGCAUGUGGCUGCUGGACAGGUACGAGAAGCUGAGCCCCUCUAUGCUUGCUCUUUCAUCUUCAAGUUGUUCAACCACCUAAUUAGUUUAGCCAUGAAAGAACUUUUGAUUACAUUUGCAGGAAGCAAAAAAGGACUUUCAGGUUUAGUUUUAUUAUAUUUUCCCAUAUUAAAAAAGAACUUUAUUUAGAUGUAAUAACAGAGGGCACUACAAAAUAGGACCAGAAGUCUUAGCUUUGUUAUUUCAAACACUGAAACAACUGGCAUUUAAAAAAAACCUUCUGAUACUGUUAUGUACAUGUUAAGAGCAGAUAAAAAUAGCAAGCCUCUUACAGA